AGAAAUUUUGACAGAUUCUUACACAAUCCCCAAACUCUCACACUCACUCGUCUAUUUUCGUUAGAAGUGAGGCAUUUGAAUGAUAUUGUUCCUUUAAUAUUAAGCUGUCCUCAAAUUUAUAAGCUUAGAGUAGCGUCACGUAUAGUAAGAUUACCAGAAGUCAACCAAUUCUCUCCAAAUCUUAUGAAGUUAAAGUUGAGCAAUCUCCAACUUGAGGAUGAUCCAAUGCCAACAUUAGAAAAGCUACCAAAAUUAAGAGUCCUUAUGAUUGGAUAUGAUAGCUUCAAAGGGGAUGAGAUGGUGUGCUCAAGAGGAGGUUUCCCUCGACUUGAAUCUCUUCAGCUUAGUUUUCUGGGAAACUUGAAAGAGUGGAAAGUGGAGGAGAGUGCAUUGCCUACACUUGCCUAUUUGCGUAUUUAUUGUUGUAGGAAAUUGAGGAGAGUUCCAGAUGGAGUAAGAAACAUUGUUACACUCAAUGAGAUAAAGAUAAUUGAAAUGCCUAAGAAAUUCAAAGAAAGGAUGGAGGAAGGAGGAGACGAUUUCCACAAAGUCAACCACGUGCCAUCACGUGUAUUUCUCAACUGUGAUUUCGAAGGUACACAUCUAAUACUAAUCCUCUAUUAUAAAAUUCCCCAAAUUAAUAUGGUUAUUUUGCUCUUUUAUCAUUUUGUUUUAUAUAACUAAUUUCUUUUCAUAAUUUUAUU